AUGGUGGGGGGGGGGGGGGGGUGGGGGUGGUGUGGGGUGGGUGUUUGUGGUGGGUGGGGGGGUUUUUUGGUUUGGGGUGUGGGGGGGGGGUUUGGUGGGGUGGGGUGGGUAUUUGGGGGGUAUGGAGUUGAUGGGGUGUUGUGGGGGUGUGGGGGGGGGUGUGGGUUUUGUUUUUUUUUUGUUUGGGUUUUGUUUUUGGUGGUGUUGUUUGGGGUGGUUUUUUUGGUUUUGUUUUUGGGUGGUUUGUUGGUUUGGGUUGUGUUAGGGGGUUGGUGGUUUUUGUGUGGUUUGGGGGGGGGUUGGUGGGUGGUGGGGGUUUUUGUUGGUGUUGGUGGGGUGGGUUUGUGGUGGUUUGUUGUGUGUGUUGGUUGGGUUUUUGGGGGGUGUUUGUGUUUUGUGUUUUGGGUUGGGGGUUGUAGGGUUUUGAUUUGUUUGGGGUGUUUUUGUGGGUGGUUUGGGGAGUGGUGUUUUGUUUGUGGGGGUUUGUGUGGGGUUGUGGGUUAUGUGGUGGUUUUUGUUUUGGUGUUUUUGUGGGUUGGGUUGUUGUGUGGGGGUUGGGUUUUGGUGGUGUGGGUGUUUGGUGUGUGUUGGUUUGUGGGGUUGGGGGUUGGUUGGUGGGGUUGGUGGUUGGGUUUUGUGUGGGUUGUGGUGGGGUGUGGGGGGUGUGUGGGUGGUGGGUGUUGGUUGUUGUUUUGUAGGAGGGGGGUGUGUUGGGGGUUUUUUGUUGGGGGGGUUUUGGUUUGUGUGUGGGUGGGUUGUUUUGGUGGUUGUUUUGUGGGGGGUGUAUAUGGUUUAGGGGGUUUUUGUUUUGUUGGUUUUGGGGGGUGGUUUUGGGGGUGGGGGGGGUUUGGGGUGGUUGGGGGUUUUGUGAUUAGUUUUUGGUGGGGUUGA